CCCCAACCCAAGCCCAGCCAAAACACCCGGUCCCUGUUGGAGCUCUCAGUUGGGAGCCAAACCCAACGGACGUUGGGUGAUGGAGAGGAACCCGCAACUCUGAGAGCAUCUGCAGGUGGGCAGGGGGCUUGCCCCUGCACUUUGGCUCCUUUUUGUCCCAAAUUUCAGUGAUUUGGGGGUAGAUUCAUUCACAGGAGGCUUGGUGGAAGGUUACCAGCGAUGGCGAUGGGCGAGAUGUGGUGGCUCCCAGCCUGGCUGUCCCUGAUGUGUGGUCUUUCGGCCGCAACUUUUCGCGGCAAGGAAUUCUUCGUCGCCUUCCCGCAGAACAACGAGAAAGCCACCCGCCCCGACAUCAAGCUCCUCAUCACCUCCUACUUCGACUCCACCCAAGUGACGGUGACGACGAACAACGACACCCUCAACGAUACCGUCACCCUCGGGAAAGACGAGACGUUUUCCUUCCACAUCCCCAGUUCCCUGGAGCUCAUCGGGAGCCGGAUUUCACAAAAAAGCAUCUUGGUCAAGUCCACCAAGGACAUCUCCAUGGUCUUCACCAGCUCCAAGCCCUACAGCAUCGGUGCCACCGCGGUUUUGCCCGUCAACAAGCUGGGCACUGAGUACUACGUGGUGACGCCAGAUGCCAGAUCAAAAGAUGGCUGGAAACAAUUCGUGGUGGUGGCUGGGAAGACCACGACCUUCAUCUCCAUCACCUUCAAGGGCAGUGCUUAUUUCAGAGGGACGACUUACUCCCCCGGCUCAGUUCUCCGUGUCUCCUUGGAGCCAUACCAGAGCUUGCAGCUGCAAAGCACCGAUGAUCUGUCGGGCACCAAGAUCACGUCGGACAACGUCGUGGCUGUCCUCAGCGGACACACCUGCGUGAAGAUGCGCACGGACUGUGACUACGUGGUGGAGCAGCUCCUGCCAGUCACCGCGUGGGGGGACACCUACGUCGUCCCCCCCAACCCGCUGCAGAAGGUCAACGAUUAUGUCUAUGUUGUGGCGGCUGAGAAAACCUCCAUUUCCUACCACUUGGGUGAUUCAGCUUCCACAAAGGACAUCUUGGCUGGUGAGGUCUACAAAUUCGAGGUGAGUCAAAAUUCACCAUUCUACGUGAGCGCUUCGGCUGCAAUUCAGGUGGUUUUCUUCUUCACUGGUGCCAAAAAAGGCUCACUGAGGCAAGACCCUUUCCUACUCAACAUCCCACCCAUCAUCAGCUAUUGCUCGUCCUACUGGGUCAACAGCCUGAAUGAGUACAAGAACUACGCGCUCAUCAUCGCCAGGAAGGCGGAUGCACACGCCAUCACUGUCAACCAGAAGACAUUCAAGAGCUCGUGGCACGAAGUUCCCGGCUCGGACUUCUCCUGGACCACGCUCAGCAUCAGCAAGACGUCUGAGAUCCAGAGCGCUGAGUACCACCCUGCGACCUUUGGGCUACUGGUCUUUGGCUUCUACAGUUACAGAGGCUUUGGCUUCACCGGCCUUUGUUCCACGUCGACUUAUUCCACGCUUUCCUGUGCCGACAUCGUCUGCAAGGAGCAGGAGAGGUGCAAGAUGGUGGAAGGAGUGCCCACGUGCAUCCAGGAAACGUUCUCAACCUGCUGGGCCACCGGCGAUCCCCACUACCUUACCUUUGACGGGAAGACCUUUGAUUUCAUGGGCACGUGCACCUACACCAUGACCAAGAGCUGCAACAUGGACCCAGACCUGCCUGUCUUCAGUGUCGAGGCCAAAAACGAGCACAGGGUUAACCCCAAAGUCUCCUACGUCGGCGUCGUGAUUGUCCACGUCUACAACAUUACCAUUACUGUGGUCAGGUCCGAGGACGGGUUUGUGAGGGUGAACAACCACUACUCCCGCCUCCCCAUCUCCCUCGCCCAAGGGAAGCUCCAGCUGCAGCAGAAGGGCAGGUCCGUCCUGAUUAAAACCGACUUCCUGCUGAAUGUCCUGUACGACUGGGAUGACCACUUGGUGGUGAAGAUCCCCAGCGCGCUGGCCAACGAAGUGUGCGGGAUGUGUGGCAACAGCAACGGCAACCCCCAGGAUGAUGCUCUGCUGCCCAACGGGGAGGCAGCGCAGAACACCGAGGAUCUGGGCUGGGGCUGGAAGGUGCACGAUAACAGCAACAACUGCUUUGACAGCUGCAUGGGCGAGUGCAAGCGGUGCCCACGGGAUGAGGAGAAGAAGUACAAGGUGGAGGCGUUGUGUGGGUUGCUCAGCCAAAGCCCGGGGCCCUUCCAGCGCUGCCACGCUGCCAUCAACCCCAAGAACUACCUGAACAACUGCGUCUACGACCUUUGUGUCAAUGAUGGGCUCCAUACCAUGCUGUGCCAAGCCCUGAAAGCCUACGCAGAUGACUGCCGGGAAGAGGGAAUCAUUGUUGAUGACUGGAGGACGCCAGCGCAUUGUCCUCUGUCCUGCCCGGAGAACAGCAACUACACGUCUUGUGGCAGUGCCUGCCCCGCUACCUGCAACAAUGCCGCAAUGCCGGCCGACUGCAGUGCCUCAACCUGCGUGGAGACCUGCGAGUGCCAGGAGGGCUUCGUGUUGGACGCUGGCAAGUGCAUCCCCCAGGCCGAAUGUGGCUGCGUCUUCGAGGGCCGCCUGCACGGCCUCGGCGAGGAGUUUUGGGGCGACAACACCUGCACGAAGCGUUGCGUCUGCGACGCGGCCACGCGGACGGCCGUAUGCCGCAAGGCCAGCUGCCAUGCCCAGGAAGAGUGCCGGGUGGAGCAGGGCAUCCAGGGUUGCUACCCCAUGAGCUACGGGAACUGCACGGCGUAUGGCACCACUCACUACAAGGACUUUGACGGUGGGAGGUUCAUCUUCCAGGGCACGUGCGUCUACCAGUUCACCGGCUUGUGCAAGAAGAGCCAAGACCUGGUGGAUUUCCAGGUGCUGGUGCAGAACAACCACCAGGAUGACCAACUUCUGUCCUCCAUCACUCUCGUGAAGGUCAAAGUCUAUGGGAAAAGCAUUGUGAUCAGCCAGAAGGACCCCAACAAAAUCACUGUCAACAACCAAUUGGCCAACUUACCAUACCACCACAAGAGGAAGAUCUCGGUCUACAGAAGUGGGCAGGAUGCGGUGGUGAAGACUGACUUUGGCCUCACCGUCACCUACGACUGGCAGAGCCAAGUCACCGUGGUGGUGCCUAGCACUUACACGGAUGCCCUGUGUGGCCUCUGCGGGAACUACAACGGGGACAUGAGUGAUGACAUGAUGAUGAAGGAUGGUCAAACGACAAUAGACCCCGACGCCCUCGGGCAGAGCUGGAAGGUGACUGACGUCCCGGGUUGCGUGGAGCUGUCGAAGGAGCAAUGCCCCACCCUGAUGGAGGCCAUGAGGCAGCAGGAGGUUGCAGAGAAGGGUUGUGGGCUCAUCUCGAAAGUGGACGGGCCCUUCGCAGCCUGCCACGCUCAGGUGGACCCCUUCAAAUACGUCCAAAACUGCGUGCACGAUUUUUGCCUCUUCCCAGACCAGGAAGCUGUGGUGUGCCAGCAGAUCAGCCACUACGCCGCCACCUGCCAAGCCGCCGGCAUCACCAUUGGGAGUUGGAGGACAGACGAUUUCUGCAGUAUUUUGUGUCCUGCAAACAGCCACUACGAGCUCUGCUCCCAGAGCUGUAGCCACAUCUGCAGCAGCAUUUACACCUCGGUGAAGUGCUCUGAGCUCUGCAGGGAGGAAUGCGUGUGCAACGAAGGCUUCGUGCUCAGUGGCGAUGAGUGCGUCCCCUUGACCCAGUGCGGAUGCCUCUACCAGGACUUCUACUACAAGCUGGGGGAGACUUUCCACCCCACCAAGCAGGAGAAAUGCCAGUGCCAGGAAAACGGCUCUGUGCUCUGCGAGGCAGUUCCUGACACCGAUGAGACCGAAUGCAAAGUUGUCGACGGCGUCACCCAGUGCCAAUCUGCCACCCUGGGGACCUGCACGGUCACCGGUGACCGCAGCUAUGUGUCCUUCGAUGGGUUGGCCUUUGAAAUCCCCGGCACCUGCUCCUACAUCCUCACUGAGACCUGUGCCGGUGAUGACAGCGUGAAAUCCUUCGUCGUGAAAAUCAAGAAGGAUGCCCGGCAGAAAAGGAAGGUCUCCACCAUCCAAGCUUUGUCCAUUGAAGUCUACGGGCUCACGUUGACCAUGGCACGGGGCAAGACGGGAACAGUCAUGGUGGACUCCAUAUUCUACAACCUCCCGGUCAACCUGAGCGGGGGACGGGUCCAGGUGUACCAACAUGGGAUGGGCGUCCUUCUUCAGACCGACUUCGGCCUCUUUGUAUACUACGACCUCCUCCACCAUGUGAGGGUCACAGCCCCCCAGAGCUACAAGGGCCACCUCUGUGGGCUCUGUGGCAACAACAACGGGCAACAAGAUGACGAUCAUUUCCUCCCCGAUGGCUACAACGCCACCGAUGUGACCGCCUUUGGCUCUGCCUGGAAAACACCCGAGGUGGCUUGCAGUGACGACUGCUCCAAAGAUGACUGCCCGGUCUGCACGGAGAAGAAGCAGGAGGUCUUCCAGAAACCCAACUACUGUGGCAUCCUCGUGGUCCCUGAGGGUCCCUUUUCCUCCUGCUACGACGUCAUCAACCCAGCCCCGUAUUUCGACGCCUGCAUCCGUGACCUCUGCCUCACCGACGGCAACACCAACGUCCUCUGCCAGAGCAUCCAGAGCUACGUAUCCACCUGCCAAGAUGCCGGCGUCACCAUCGAGGCGUGGAGGAAACCUUCCUUCUGCCCCUUGAGUUGCCCGGCCGACAGCAGCUACUCCCUGUGCACCAACCACUGCAGCAACAGCUGCGUGGGGCUCGUGGAUGCCUCCAAAUGCCCCCAAAAAUGCACCGAAGGCUGCCGCUGCAACGAAGGGUACACAUUUGACGGGAAUGCCUGUGUCCCCAAGGACAAAUGUGGAUGUUUUGUGGACGGGAUAUACUAUAAGCCCCAUGAGUCGGUCGUGAAGGAGAACUGCCAGUUGCGUUGCACGUGCGUCCCCGGCAAGGGCUUGACCUGCGAGAGCCACGGUUGCAGCGAUGAUGAAACCUGUGAAAUUCGGGACGGGGUCUUGGGUUGCAUCAACCAAAACCCCUGCAAAGCCCUUCAGUGCCGGCCCAAGGAGACGUGCAAACUCGAGGACGGCCAGGCCAAGUGCAUCCCAUCCCUGGUGGCCACCUGCUGGGGUUGGGGUGACCCCCACUACCACACCUUCGACAAGCACGAUUUCGACUUCCAAGGCACCUGCACCUACACCAUGGCCGAAUCCUGUGGGAACGACACCAAGUUGGUGCCCUUCAAGGUGGAGGCCAAGAACAACAUCCGAGGUGGGGUGAAAUCCGUCUCCUACAUCAGCUUGGCCAACAUUGAGGUCUAUGGCCAACAAAUCUCCAUCCGUCAAAGGGAAGUGGGCAAAAUUAGGGUGAACGGGGUGCAGACCCUGCUCCCGGUGAGCCUGGAGGACGGCAGGCUGGAGCUCUUCCAUAGCGGGCUCACCGCCGUGCUGGAGACCGAUUUCGGCCUCCGGGUGACGUACGACUGGAACUGGCACCUGGUCAUCGAGCUCCCCAGCAGCUACUACAAGCACACCUGCGGCCUCUGCGGCAACUUCAACCUCAAGCCGGAGGACGACGUCCCCCAGCAGAGUGGCGACCUCACCGCCUCCAUCGUGGAUUGGGCCAAGGUCUGGAAAGCCCCCGACGAUGACCCGUUUUGCUGGGAUUUCUGUGAAGGCGACUGCCCCGUGUGCGAGGAGGAGAAGAAGGAGCUGUAUGGUGGCAACCAGUAUUGUGGCCUGAUCAAAAAAAGCUUCCAGGGGCCCUUCAAGGCUUGCCACGAUGUUGUCAAACCCAGGGAUUUCUUCCGCAACUGCCUCUACGACGUGUGCAUGAGCGACGGGGCAAAAAGCAUCCUCUGCAAGGCGCUGGAGGCUUAUGCAUCCACCUGCAAAAAGCAAGGGGUCGUGGUGCACGACUGGAGGACCCCGUCGGGCUGCUCAUUACCCUGCCCGGAAAACAGCCACUACGAAGCUUGUGGCAACGCCUGCCCGGCCACCUGCACCAACCGGGACGCGCCCGCCUCUUGUACCCAGCCCUGCGUGGAGACCUGUGCUUGCAACCAGGGCUACGUCCUCAGCGGUGGCCAGUGCGUGGCGGUGGCCGACUGCGGUUGCACCCGCGACGGUCGCUACUACCAAGCCGGCGAGGAGUUUUGGGACGACGAGACCUGCCAUUCCCGGUGCAGGUGCGACCCCGGUUUGGGCAUGGUGGUGUGCAAGGAGACCAGCUGCAAGGCGGGCGAGCAGUGCGCCGUGGUGAAGGGCGUGCGGCGGUGCGUGGCCAAGGGUCGCUCCAUCUGCGUGGCCACCGGGGACCCCCACUACACCACCUUCGACGGGCGCCGCUACGACUUCAUGGGCACUUGCGUCUACCAGUUCGCCGCCCUCUGCUCCGAAGACCCCACCCUUGUCCCCUUCAUGGUCACGGUGGAGAAUAACAACCGGGGCAGCCGUGUGGUCUCCUACACCAAGGAGGUCACCUUGAAGGUCUACAACAUGACCCUCAGCCUCAGCCAAGCAGACCCCCAGAAGCUCAAGGUCAACGGGGUCCUGGUGGACCUGCCCUUCACCCACGGCAACCAGCUCAGCGCCUACAUCAGCGGCGUCCACGGCUUCAUCAAGACCGACUUCGACGUCAUCGUCACCUUCGACUGGCACAGCUACGCCAGGGUCAUCCUCCCCAGCACCUACUCGCGGUCCGUCUGCGGGCUCUGCGGGAACGCCGACGGGAACCCCGAGGACGACUUCGCUUUGCCCGACGGCAGCUCGGUCACCGACGAAAUCCAAUUCGCCGACUCCUGGAAGGUGGCCGACGUCCCCGGCUGCUCGGCCGGUUGCACCAAGGAUUGCCAAACUUGCACCGAAGCGGAGAAGCGCGCCUACCGCGGCGACAAGCACUGCGGGGUCCUGGUGAAGAAGCAAGGACCCUUCGCCGCCUGUCACAGCGCCAUCGACCCGGCCCCCUACUUCGACGACUGCCUCUUCGACACGUGUCUCUACAAGGGGCACCAGGAAACCGUCUGCCGCGCCAUCAGCGCCUACGUCACCGCCUGCCAGAGCCAGGGGAUUCGCAUCAAGCCGUGGCGCACGGCCGCCUUCUGCAGUCCCGUCUGCCCCCCGAACCAACACUACGAGCUCUGCGGCUCGUCCUGCCCGGCCACGUGCCACGGCCAGGCGGAGGACGAAGGCUGCGACGAAUCGUCCCCGUGCACCGAGGGCUGCUUCUGCGACGCCGGCUUCCUGCAGAGCGGCGACCGCUGCGUCCCCCUGGCCCGCUGCGGCUGCUUGCACGACGGCCGCUACUACCAGCAGGGCGAGGAGUUUUUCUCCUGCCCGCGCUGCAGCCAGCGUUGCACCUGCCAAGGGAACGGGGAGGUGGAGUGCCAAGAGGCGAGCUGCGGCGAGGGGGAGUCGUGCAUGGUGCAGGACGGCGUGCGGGGCUGCUACCCCAGCACCUGCGGGCGCUGCGAGGUGCUGGGCGCCGCUUCUUUCCGCACCUUCGACGGGCACUCGCUGCGUUUUGCUGGCUCCUGCACCUACACGCUGGCGGCGGCCGAAGCUGCCGGCCCCGAGGUGGAGCUGGUCCCCUUCAUGGUGCGGGUGCAGAAGGACCACAGAGGGCCGGAGCCGCUCACCCAGCAGCUGCUGAUCACCGUGCACGGCGUCACCGUCAGCAUGAGCCGGGGGAAGCAGUGGGAGGUGAAGGUGGACGGCGAGCGGCACCUCCUGCCCCUGUCGCUGGUGGGGGGCGCGGUGACCGUGACGCAGGAGGGCGCCCACCAAGUGCUGCGGGCGCAGGGGGGCCUCAAGCUGCUCUACGACAGCGUCUCCUACGUGCUGCUCACCCUCCCCGCCUCCUACCGCCACCACACCGGCGGCCUCUGCGGCAACUACGACGGCGACGCCGCCAACGACGAUGCCGGCCCGGAGGAGCUGGGGAGCAACUGGGGCAUCCCCGUCAGGGGUUGCACGCACGGCUCGCAGCCGGAGCCCUGUCCCCAGAGCAAACCCGAGCUCUGCGGGUUGCUGGAGGACGAGACGGGGCCCUUCGGGGGGUGCCACAAGGCGGUGGCGCCCUGGGAGCACGCGGCGAGCUGCGCGCAGGAAGGCUGCGGCAAGGCGGGGGGCGAGGCGCUGUGCAGGGUCUUGCAGGCCUACGCCGCCGCCUGCCAGGCCGCCGGCGGGGAGCUGCAGGAGUGGAGGGAAGCAGCCAAGUGCCGUGAGUGGGCGGAGGGGAGGCUGCAGGAGGCGGGGAAGGCGGUUCGGCAAAGGGGGGGGGGAGCUGUUGCAUGCAGCAGCAGCUUAGUUCCGUG